AUGCAGAAGCCACUUUCAGAUGAGGAGCGUGCAGCCAAAGAAGCCCGUUUACAGGAGCUCUGCAGCCAAAUGAACGCGUUAGGUGGAGCUUCUUCGUCGACUGCGAACCCUUCCGAAACAUCGGCCAACGCGUACGCCUGUGAUGAUGGGCAGCACAGCGACGACGAGGAGGAUGACGAAUUCCUGCAGGAAGCCGAGCGCGCGCACGAGGCGGCGGCGGGUGUCUACAUGUGCGCAAAGCCGAUGGGGGAGCUGCUGGGUGAGACUGUUGCGACAGGCCCGGGAGCCAGACGCUGCACUGUCGGUGACUUUGAGCUGCUGCGGUUGGCGAAGAUGGGCGACCUUAUCUCCUUCACGGAGUUCGCAGCUGUCAUUGGGGCAGACCCCACCACUUUCCGCGACAACCACGAGCGCAACGCACUGCACUACGCCGCAGACAGCGGAGACAUCGCAAUGCUGCAGCACCUCAUCGAUAGGAAGGUGCCCUACACGAAGGAUGAGAAGGGGAUGACACCAGUGGACAUUGCGGCAUUGAAUCAGCACGAGGCGGCGGUGAAGCUGCUGGCGGCGGCGUUUCCGCAGGCUGCCGAGGCACUGAAGAGUUACGAAGAAGCUGUCGAGGCAUUCGCGCGACCCCCACCGCGGUUCACCAUGACGAAGCCUGUUCCACCUGCACCGAAAGAAUCUCGUCCACACAUAUUCUGGAAGAAGGACGAAGGUGAUACUACUACUGCUGCUGCUGCUUCUGUCGUCACUAACGAGGGAGUUGCGGUUUCACAACUUGACGCUACACAGCAUGAGUGGAUUAUACGCGCUCUGAGCGGUAUGACACUUUCGCACGGAAGCCACGGAUUCCACAACUGGCUUCCACCCGCCGAAGCGGCAACGCUAAGCGCCGUUCUUCCUCACGCAACAGUGGUGGGCGCGACGCAAGCGGUGGAGGGAGAAGAUACGAUCUGCGGCGUGGUGCUUGCAGUGCCGCUGGGUGGCUCCCUUAUAGGUAAAAACGGUACUGUCAACAUGAAGAAUACAUUGUUGGUGACGCAGUUAGCGGUGCAUCCCUCAAGGCGUGGCGCCAACGUGGCAGCGCUUCUGAUGGCAGAGUUGCAGCGCUUGUUGCGGGAAGCUGGUAACUCCUCUGUUGUUUUCCACAGCGCGCUUCAAUUACCAGUUCCAGCUGUUGGCCUCGUGAAAUGGUACCGGCGGUCAAUUGUGCCCUGCAGUGCGCUCCGUCACCGCUACGCAGCGGAGGUGUUCCCUGAUUUCUAUCAGUACGACGACGUGUUGCGCGCCGACAUUGUCACGAAAAACGCACUGACGAAAGCCUUCCGCGACCAGAAGUUACCACACUGUGAGUCUUGGUGUACUGUGGACCGCACCAGCGGUGAGCAGUUAAAUUUUCUGCUUGACUUUGUCGUUCGACACGCACCUACAAUGUUUGAUUUCGCUUAUGUGCCCGAAAACACCGAGGACAUGCUUGCAUCUGUGAUCGCAGAUGGACUCAACGCCUUUGUGUACGUGUCACCAGUGACUGGUGCGAUUACAGACCUGGUUGUCUUACGCCUUCGUAGUUCGGACGCUGAGACGAAUGCGCAUAAGACCGCUGCGCAGUGUGUGUACUCCAUCUUCACCACCUUUAAGGGAACUGAAAAGGCGGAGGAGGUGCUCAUCCUUGCCGAGAUGCUGAAAUGCGAGACGGUGCUCAUCCCGAGCAUGUUUGGCUUCGUCGACAGCGACUUGAGCAAGGCCAUGUUUGAGGAGUUGCUGGCGUCCCGUGAGUACCUCUACGUGCUGAAAGCCCCAACUGAAUCCGUGGUACCGCCAACGCCACUCUCGAAGGUCGCCAUUCCCUGCACAUUUAUUUAA